UGCGCGCUUGAAAGCGUGUUUGUGCCACAUGUGUGACUAGCAUGCCUGAGUGUUUCUGAAUCCAGCUUCAGUCAACAGCCCGAAAAUAAGACAGUAUGGAGAGUUUAACCGGGGAGGAUCUCACAGACACACAGCCACAAGCAGAUAUGCCGGUGGAUGCACCUGUACAUGUUAAUCCAUCAGCGGGAGAAGACAGUAGCUGUGCUACAGAAAAACAAAGCCCUAAAUUUGUACCUGUGGAUCACAAUCUACAUGAACAUAAGAAGCCAGAAACUGACAGUGCUACAGAACAAUGCUCACUAAAGAACCCUGAUGCUGUACCUGAUGCAGCUACAGCAGAGGCUGACUCACAGAAAAAUGAACCCAUGGACAUAAUAGUAUCUGACCUGAAAGAAGAACCAUGUUCUGGCUCUUGUAACGAGGCUGUGGGUGAAGCCACAGUGAGUCCCAUCAGCGGUGGAGGAUCUUUGACUUUGUUAAGCCAGCAGUACAGAGAUGACAGCUCUGAAGAUCUCUCAGACAGUGACUCAGACUCUUCUUCAUCUUCAUCCUCCUCAUCUUCCUCUUCCUCAUCUGGAGUCAUUUGCUCAGUGUUGAAUGAGAUUGAUCAAGACGAUGACCAAGAAAAUAAUCUUGCUCCUGGGAAGAGGCCACCACCAGUCAAGACACAGGAUGAGCUGCUGAUUGAGGAUCUCCCUGCAGUGGAAAAUCUGAACAUCAGCCUUCCUGAGGACACACAGAUUGAGCCCAUUGGAACUGUUUCAAGCAUCAUAGAUCAACUAGUAAUUGUUGAAUCAAUGAAAGACUCACAACCCCUGAAUGAAGACAGUGUCCUAUUCAACAAAGACAGGACAGCUAUUGGGAAGGUGUUUGAGGUCUUUGGUCCAGUUUUCCAGCCUUACUACAUCUUAAGGUUCAACUCUCACGAAGACAUUGAACAGAAGAACUUGAAAGUAGGGGAGACGAUUUUCUUCGCUCCAAAUAUCAAAGAUUUCACAGACUACAUCUUUACUGAGCAGCUGAACAAAUUUAAAGGAUCAGAUGCUUCUUGGAAGAAUGAUCAGGAGCCUCCCCCAGAGGCUCUGGACUUCAGUGAUGAUGAAGAGGAGAAAGUGGCCAAGCAGAAGCUGAAGCAGCAGAGGAGACAGAGGCAAGGCCGAGAAGAGUCGGACUCCGAGAAUGAAACACCUACUCCUAGACCUCAGAAACCCCCCAGAAGAAAACCAAAACAGAAUCGGAACCCUCAGAGUGACCCCCCUCCACAUCAUAACCCCCGCGGCAGAUUCCACAGCAACUUCCACGCCAACCCCCAUUUCCAGCCCCAAGGCUCACCCACUUUUCAGCAUCCAGGUAGCCCUCGUUUUCAAGCCAGAGGGACCCCCCACUUUCAACCAGACUAUAUGUUCCCUCCACCAGGACCGUUCCAGCCUCCGUUCCCCGGCCCCGGCUUCUCUCCCUACCCUGGACCACCACCACCUCCUCCUCGCAUGGGCAUGGGCAUGGGCAUGGGUCCGGGCCCAGGACCUUGGCCCCCUGGCCCUUACCCAGGCAUGAUGUUCCACCCUCCACCUCCUCCUCCACCACCUCCUCCUCCUCCUCCUUCAUGUUAAAAAGAAAUCCCUUUUUGUGACUUUUUAUAUUUAGUAAUGUUUUAAAGGAAUUAAUUAUAACUCAGAGAAGGACAAUGUCCUGAGCAUCCCUUCUCUGUUGUGUCUUCAUGGCCAGAACUCAACUGAUUGAACAGGAGCUGUAUAUUCUAAUAGUUUUGUAAGGAAAUGUGUCUGAAGUGGAUUUGAAGAGAUUAUUAAACAUAUUUUUGUUAAAGAAACAUGCUAAAAAAAAAAGCAGUUUAAAAAUAGAUUAUGUGAAAGUCAUGUAGUGGUCCCAUUAAUUUUUGUGUAAAUAUUCAGUUGUGAACUAAGGUACAUAUAACUAUGUCAGUCUACGUUGUGUACAAGUGUACAAAGUUAUUUUUUCCUUAUUUUUAAUAAAAUAAAAAUAAUUCUACUUGUUUUCUUCAAA